ACUGCGUAUUUCCAGAGAGAGAAACUGAUGACUGAGGCACUCAGGAAAGCUUACACAGUGAAGGAAGAGAUCGGGAGGGGGAAGUACGGCGUCGUAUUCAGGUGUCAUUCCGCCAUCACCGGCGACUGCUUCGCCGUGAAGUCCAUCGACAAGCGCCUCGUCCAAAACGAUGCCGUUGACAGGCAGUGCCUUUACAAUGAAGCCAAGAUCAUGCAGCUGGUUUCGAGCAAUAAUCAUCCGAAUGUGUUGAAAAUUUUCGAUAUUUACGAAGAUGAUAGCUUUCUUCACAUUAUACUCGAGUAUUGUCAGUCAUCGGAUCUUUUUGAUCGGAUAAAUGCCCGACCCAUAUUCACCGAAUCCGAGGCUCUCGAUGUCAUGGUACCACUAAUGGAAGCCAUAGCACAUUGCCACCGCCAUGGGAUUGCCCACAGGGACAUAAAACCCGACAACAUCCUCUUCAAUGACAAAAAUGAACUGAAGCUUGCGGAUUUCGGCUCAGCUGAGUUCUUCAAUGACAGCCAGCCGAUGUCUGGCAUUGUUGGGACUCCCUACUAUGUGGCUCCAGAGGUGCUAGCUGGAAACUGCUACAAUGAAAAGAUUGAUGUGUGGAGCACAGGGGUCAUUUUGUAUAUAAUGCUAGCCGGCAUCCCUCCAUUUUACGGGGAGUCAGCAAAGGAGAUUUUUGACGCCGUGCUUAGGGCGAACUUGAGGUUUCCGAUGAGGAUUUUCAACUCUGUAUCCCCAGGAGCUAAGGAUUUGCUAAGAUGGAUGCUGUGUAAGGAUGUAUCCAGGAGGUUCUCGGCUGAUCAAGUCCUACGGCAUCCAUGGAUGAAAACCAGUGGAGACACGGGAUCAAUGGGUGUUCUGAGUUGAGAAAAUGUUUUACGAACUUUGCAAAUUGUAUUAUAUGCCAAAUGUAAAGGCACCAGUGUAUCAAUAGUCUACCUACAUAACCAUAGUGUCAUAGUGAGUUUUACACUUUUUAAUCAUUUUUUUGCGAUGAAAUUCGUGAUUUUACCA